UGGCCGCAGGCUGAGGGCGGGAUCCGGCCGGGUCGGGAUGCGCUGGCCAGGCUCCUGCGGCUCUGGGUGCAGCCCCACAGCCGCCCGAGCACUCAGCUCGGCUCCAGCGUGAUCGGCUUCCCCCCCCUUGGCCGAGCCGACUGGAUUGGAUGUGAUAGAAUCUUGGGUUGGUGGUUUCUCGCUCGGUAGCUGGACAGACGCACAGAGUUAAUGUUUAGCUUCUAAACGGCGGUUUACGGUACAAUUACCAAACUCCUUGCCAGCGGCGCGGGGGAACAGGAAAUGUCUGCACAGGUGUAACCGGGAGGAUCUGAAGCCCUGCCAUCUGAGCCUUGUUUGGGGUUUUGUUAUUCUCCAAGAGAUUUUCUUUGAGAUCAUGCUGAUGAAAUAUGGAGUCCUCUUUGCUACCUUCACCUGGAUCAGAGAAAAGCUGCUUCACUAAGGAAACAUAAAGAAAACAGAUGUGCAGAGGACCGCUGCGGAUGCUGCCUCUGCACCUUGACUCUUCUCUGUUUUCAGCCCAGCAGGACUAAUGAUUCACACGUUAUCGAAAAUGAUCUAUUCAUCAUAUAUUUUUAGCAGUUAAAGUUAUUUUUAUCAGCGUGUCAAACUUACAAAUUUUAAGAAUUAUUAAACCUAGAAGGCCUUGUUUAAAAUAGGUUGCUUUUCAGCUCUCAGAAAUUCAACAUUUACUUUGUUUUUACAUAUGAAAGUCCUCAGAAAUGUAACACAUCAGGAACAAUAUGGACUUGGAAGCAUAUAGUUUUAUUGUGGCUUGCAGUGGAAUUAAGUAGACAACUCGACAUCACCCACUUUCUUGUCCAGAAUACCACAUAAGCAUAUUACUUAACUUUAAUGCAAAAGAAGUGGUUUGAAAAUGGCCUGGGUAAAAUUUUUACGGAAACCUAGUGGUAAUCUUGGCAAAGCCUAUCAAGCUGGAAGUUUGCUGUCCUUAGCCCCUACUGUAGGCUUGUUAAAUGAACCAGGACAGAACAGCUGCUUUCUUAAUAGUGCUGUACAGGUUUUAUGGCAGUUAGAUAUAUUCCGAAGAAGCCUGAGGGUUCUGACGGGACAUAUAUGUCAGGGAGAUGCCUGUAUAUUUUGUGCAUUGAAGACAAUAUUUGCACAAUUUCAACACAGUCGAGAAAAAGCACUUCCCUCAGAUAACAUAAGGCAUGCUCUUGCAGAAAGCUUCAAAGAUGAGCAGAGAUUUCAGCUUGGCCUCAUGGAUGACGCUGCCGAGUGCUUUGAAAACAUAUUGGCGAGAAUUCAUUUUCACCUGGUGCCAAACAGGGAUGCAGACAUGUGCACCUCUAAAUCUUGUGUGACUCAUCAGAAGUUUGCUAUGACUCUGUAUGAACAGUGUGUGUGCCGCAGCUGUGGAGCAUCUUCAGACCCUCUACCCUUUACUGAACUCGUGAGGUACAUUUCUACAACAGCCCUGUGCAAUGAAGUUGAAAGAAUGAUGGAAAGACAUGAACGAUUUAAACCAGAGAUGUUUGCGGAAUUGCUGCAAGCUGCAAAUACAGCAGAUGACUAUCGGAAGUGUCCUAGUAACUGUGGCCAAAAAAUAAAAAUCCGCCGUGUUUUAAUGAAUUGCCCAGAGAUUGUUACUAUUGGAUUAGUGUGGGACUCCGAGCACUCUGACUUGACUGAAGAUGUUGUUCGAAGUCUAGCCACGCAUCUCUACCUUCCUGGGCUUUUUUAUAGGGUUACUGAUGAAAAUGCCACAGACAGUGAACUGCACCUUGUUGGUAUGAUCUGUUACACCAGCCGACACUACUGCGCCUUUGCUUUUCACACCAAGAGCUCCAAGUGGGUGUUUUUUGAUGAUGCCCAUGUCAAGGAGAUUGGAACCAGAUGGAAAGAUGUGGUCUCCAAGUGCAUACGAUGCCACUUACAGCCACUUUUGCUGUUUUAUGCAAACCCAGAUGGUACAGCAGUCUCUACUGAGGAUGCACUCAGGCAGGUUGUCCACUGGUCACAUUAUAAAUCACUUGAAGAAAAUAUGGGAUGUGGAAAGCCUAUCAUUUAUAAAUCAGAUAAUUCAAAGGAAAAUGGAUUUGGUGAUCAGACGAAACAGAAAGAAAAUCACAAAUUUCAAACUGAUAUUUCCUCAUUUAAUCGGAGCCAAAUGCAGACAAGUGGAAGGAGAGCACCAGUUAAGUUAAGCCAUGAUCAAAGAGAAAAGAUAAAAGACAUUUCCAGAGAAUGUGCUCUGAAAGCCAUUGAACAGAAAAAUGCACUUUCUUCUCUAUGGAAAGAUUUAGAAAAGGGACAGAGGAAAGAUACGGGCCGACACAGGGAUUUGGUUGAUGAAGACUUGGCAUCUUUCAAGUCCGGAUCACCUCCUGCUUCGGAUGGCUUUAGACAACAAGGGAAUCCCCAUCUCUACCACAGCCAAGGCAAAGGACCUUGUAAACAUGACCGAGCUACCCAUGAGAGUUACACUUCUGGAAAAGUGAUAAGUUCAGGCAGAUCCCAGAAUCCUCUUGUUCCUGGAGAGAAAACAACAGGCAAAGCUAAGAGUGACACUGGCACUGGAUAUGAUACAGACAGCAGCCAAGAUUCAAGGGACAGAGGAAGCAGCUGCAGUAGUAAGACUAAGAGCCGCCACCGUGGCUGGAAACCCAUGAGAGAAACAUUAAACGUCGAUAGUGUUUUUAGUGAACGUGAGAAGAGGCAGCACAGUCCCAGACAGAAGUCGGAUAUUGGUAGUAGGCCUAAGUGUAGCAAGGAUCAGAGUUGUAAUAACUGGCCAAAAGCAAACCCAAAGCAGAAAGGCUUAAUGACUAUAUAUGAAGAUGAAAUGAAGCAAGAAGCAGGAAGCACAAGUUCCCUUGAAACUAAUGGAAAAGGAGCAGAGAAAAAUACAGGCACUGCAGCGAGCAGAGGUCCUGGUACCAGCUGGCAGAUGCAAAGGACAGAGUCUGGGUAUGAGAGCAGCGAUCAUGUCAGUAACGGGUCUGCCAGCUUGGACUCUCCUGGUGUGGAGGGAAGUGGGACAGUCAUGGAUGUCGGUGGUGGUAAAGCCUUCAGUGAACAUAUUAAGAUGAACAGCCAAAAUAUGGACAGUAUGGAGUGUAUAUCUCAUCAGAGCAAAGACUGCCCAGAAGGCUUUAGAAAAGAACUCCAGCACUUGGAAGCAGAUGAUAAAUCUCAUGAGCUCCACCCAGAAUCACAUGGGCAAAUAAAAAGCCAUUUGAUAAAAAGGUCACAGAUUGGUGAAACCAAUGAGAAGUUGUUUCCUUCAGCCAGCCCACAAACACCUGCAAGAGAGCAUGUCUACCAGACAAAUGAACAGAAAGUAGAAAAACCAGAUAGGAGCAAAUGUACAGAACGGCAUAAUACAGAAAAUUCUGAGGGAACAGGCUUGCCAUUUCACGUUGAUGAGAGUUCUGUGGCAGUCGACAGUAAUGAAACAGUCUCUCCAUCUUCAGUGUCUUCAUCUGUGAGGACUGCCGGGCUAAAGUCCCCAAGUGGACCCCUCAUGUUCUGGCCACAGCAAAACAUCCCAGAACCGGUUUACUCUGAGAACUCUCUAUCCAGAGAACUUAAACCUCUGUCUGCCUGCAAUGCUGAUAGUUGUCAGAUGCCAAAACUCCACUGCCACCGUUCACCACCUCCUUUGCCACCAAAGAAAUACUCUACAACCAGUGCACCAAGGUUAGAGAGAGCUGGAUUUAACCCUGAUGUCAGGGUUACCGAAGCAUUUAACAGUAAUUCCUCCAGUCUUCCAAAACACAGCUUGCGUACAGCCUCGGGGCCAAGUUUAGAAGGGAGUGUGUACAAGACCCAAGAAAGAGAUAAAGAAGCUAUUCAAGUGAAGCAACAUGCUGCCAACAGCCACCCAGCCAGUUGCUUAACUGACGAUUUUCAGGCAAAUUCAAAAGCACUAGUUGGUAUGUUUUGCCAGCCAGAUCAAGACUCUAGUUCUGUGUGUCCAAAUGAAACAGUUUCAUUAACUACCUAUUUCUCAGUUGAUAGUUGCAUGACUGAUACAUACAGACUGAAGUAUCAUCAAAGACCUAAGCUCUAUUUUCCAGAGAGCAGUGGCCAUCGUAGUGAUAAUUCACUGUCUCAGACUGAGCAAGUAGAGGGAUCCAUUACAUAAUGGUCAUCUUUCUUCAACUGUCCUUUUGAACAAAGAUAAAAACCCUGGCAUCCAUUUGUAAGAUAAAUGAACCAGCCAUUAAAAAUACCAACUGAUAAAAUCUAACAACAUAUAAAAUAAAAACUGGUGUUUGGAAAAUUAUUAAUCAGGUUAAUAGGUAUUUUAUGACCAAUUUACUAAAUCUUUUAGAGAUUUCUUUUGAGUGGUCUUGGUGUGCCUUGAAAAAUAAGGAAGUAUAUGAUUAAUCUGCUAUGUGUAACAGUUAAGUAAGCGCCGUUGUCUCCUAUUUGGCUAGUAAAUGUGUAACUGUUAUACACCCAGUAUUCAUAUGUAGGCUGGCGUAUUUUGCUAAUUAAGAAAUACGAAGUGUCUAGGAAAGCAGUAUUUGCUUUUGCAAAGCACUUUCUAGUGGGUAACCAAAAGAUGGCUAUUCCCACAUGCUUUUGACUUCUGUGAUAGUCUCGUACGUGUGAUCCUUCAAGGGUCUCAAAAAUACCCAUGGAUUUAUGUGAGCAUCUGGAAAGCAUUUGCCUUAAUGAUGAACAAUUUUUAAUAAUCUCAAAGUCAUAUAAAAUUUCCUUUGUUCCUAGAACUUUUCAGAAUAUCUAUUUAACAUAAUUAGCCUUUAUAACUUAUAUCCAAAAAUAUUUCAGUCAUGUAAGUUAAAAAUAAAAAUAUGGUAGUAUAUUUAUUAAAUUAUUUUCUAGCUUUAUAUGAAAUGUGAAAGUCUUCCCUUUGGUUUAGUUUACUUUAGGCUGCUAAUAAUCAAUGUUACAAGUUAACUUUGGGCCUCUUAUUGGGAUGGCCACUGCUGCUUUGAUCAUUUAAAGAUUGCCAGAUUGUCAGUGCUUUCAUUGUUGUGGCUUCCAGGUUAGAUUUCCGCCUUUAUAUGGUUUAUUCUUAAUGAAAUGUUCCUUUAUUUUAUUUUUUUCACUUAAAUAGUGAUUUUUAUCUCCACUACCAUCGUGGAGUGGAGUUUAUUUAUAUUAAUGUUUUCAUUAUUUUGAAAGUAAGCUGAAUUGCCUUAUUAGUUUUGACUUUAUUUUGUAACAGGCUGAAAAACUAACUAGUUUUAGAAUAGUUUUAUAAUGACUACUCCAGAGUAUUGAGAACUACAAAAUUAGUUGUCUUUAUUAUAUCUCUAAAUGGGUAGGGCUCAUAAUCAUUACUUUAAAACUUCUAACUUGAUGAGUCCCACAAAUUGUUAAAACCCAAACCAAACAUUUGUUUAAGAAAAAGUACUUUUAGCUAAACAGAACAUUGCUUUUGUUCUUUUCCAGCAUAAUUGGUGAUCAUUACUUUGUAUUCUCUUAAGGGACACUUGAAUAUAAAAUUAAAAUUUGUCCUUAAAUAUUAUUUUUAACAGCGUUUAGUAUGGAAAGUUUGUAAAUAAUGUAAAUUUGUAAAAUUGUAUUUGAAUUGUCAGUGUUUAUAAUUCUUGCUUUUAUAACAUUGUAAAAUACUAGAAAAGAUCUUGUUAUUUUUAAUAGUUUUUAAAAGAUUUUAAGUUUUAAAAAAAUUCCUAUUUGGUCUAUAUUCCCUGUUGGGAAUGUAUUAUUUGAAACACUAACUAAUUUCUGUAUUUUACAGCAGUUUCAUAGAUGUACCUUUUCAGCUCAGUUGAGUUUGCAAAGAGAAAUGUCAUUUCUCCUUUUAAUUGAAGCACUAUUCACUUAAAACCCUCUGCAUUAUGUAAGGCUGACUGAAAUAGAAACUGAUCAUUUCUGGAUUCAACACAGAAUAGAUUAUGUACUGGCUAAUUAACUAUGUAUUUCUUUUCUGGUGCCUAUUUUUCACCAAUGUUUCCCUGUUAAUAAGCUUGUAACUUCUUAAAUAAUGUAAUCAUGUUUCAAAUAGUUAUAUUCAGAAUAUUAUAUUUUCAUGUGAAAUCAAUUUCUUUUGGCUCAAAAAAAAUGAGAGAAACUCAAUUUUAAGCAGUAUAGCUGGUCUUUGCAUUUAUGAACUGUGGUCCCCUUCCCCAAAAUACUCGUUAUGGGAAACAUUAAAAAACAAAAGAAAUUAAAGCUCACAAAUGUUAGCCUACGGUGUUCCUAAGAUUUACAUACCAAAGUCAGAGCCACAGCUCCUGCAGCUGCUCUGAAGAGGCAAGGUGUCAGGGAUUUGGACAGUGCACAGUAAAUCUCUGGAACAGUGUUUGGGUUGAAAACAGCCAUAAACAAGUUGUAUGGAUGUGUAGGGCUGAUUUUCAAUAAAAGUUUACCAACGUCAAA